CCACUGUUCUCACAUACAAUGGAUAAGAACAGCAGAAUCCACACUGAUUCUAACAUAAGGACCACCUUUUUCUCUGAAAUUGGCAUUGGGAUCUCAGGUAACAGCUUCCUUCUUCUUUUCCACAUCCUCAAGGUCAUUCGAGGGCAUAGGUCCAGACUCACUGACCUGCCCAUUGGUCUCUUGUCUCUAAUCCACCUACUGAUGUUACUGGUUUUGGCAUUCAUAGCCACAGACAUUUUUAUUUUGUGGACAGGAUGGGAUGACAUCAUAUGUAAAUUCCUUGUAUAUAUGUACAGAAUUUUGAGAGGUCUCUCCCUUUGUACCACCAGUGUGUUGAGUGUCCUUCAGGCCAUCAUCCUCAGUCCCAGAAGCUCCUGUUUAGCAAAGUUCAAGCACAAAUCUUCCCAUUACAUCUCAUGCUCCAUUAUAUUCCUGGGUGUCCUCUAUAUGUUAAUUAGCAGUCACCUCUUAAUAUCCAUCAUUGCCACCCCAAAUAUGACCACGAAUGAUUUUAUUUAUGUUACUCAGUCAUGUUGUAUUCUACCCUUGAGUUACCUCAUGCAGAGCAUGUUUUCUACACUGAUAGCCAUCAGGGAAGUCUUUCUUAUUAGUCUCAUGGUCCUCUCGACUUGGUACAUGGUGGCUAUAUUGUACAGGCACAGGAAACAGGCCCAGCAUCUUCAAGAUACCAGCCUUUCCCCAAAAACAUCCCCAGAGCAAAAGGCCACCCACACCAUCCUGAUGCUCAUGACCUUUUUUGUGAUGAUGUCCAUCUUUGACAGCAUUGUCUCCUGCUCAAGAACUAUGUUUCUGAAUGAUCCAACAUCUUACACUAUCCAAAUAUUUGUGAGCCACAUCUAUGCCACAGUCAGCCCUUUUGUCUUUAUGAGCACUGAAAAACAUAUAGUUAACUUUUUGAGGCUCAUGUGUAAGAGGGUGGUAAGUAUUUAA